CCUGUAGACAUACUUUUGUUUGGCAGAACGGAACAGCUGUCUGGAGGCGGAUAGAACCAUAUCAUUAGGAAUUAAUAGGAUCUCUAUGAAUAGAAGUUACUGGUCUUGCUGUACUACCUUUGUGUUCAGUGGGACUCAUCAAGAUGCUGGCGCUAAUUAACAGACUUUUGGACUGGUUUAGGUCUCUCUUCUGGAAAGAAGAGAUGGAGCUCACGUUAGUUGGACUUCAGUACUCCGGGAAAACCACCUUUGUCAAUGUGAUAUCAUCUGGUCAGUUUAGUGAAGACAUGAUUCCCACAGUCGGCUUCAACAUGCGGAAGGUUACCAAAGGCAACGUGACGAUUAAGAUCUGGGACAUAGGUGGACAGCCUCGCUUCAGAAGCAUGUGGGAGAGGUACUGCCGAGGAGUCAAUGCCAUUGUUUACAUGGUGGAUGCAGCAGACCGUGAGAAGGUAGAGGCCUCCAGGAACGAGCUCCACAACCUGUUAGACAAGCCUCAGCUACAAGGCAUCCCUGUUCUAGUGCUUGGUAACAAGAGAGAUCUUCCCAGUGCGCUUGACGAAAAGCAACUCAUCGAAAAGUUGAAUUUGUCAGCCAUCCAGGACAGAGAAAUCUGUUGUUACUCUGUUUCCUGCAAAGAGAAGGACAACAUAGAUAUCACUCUGCAGUGGUUAAUCCAGCAUUCCAAGUCUUGAAGGAGCUGAGAGUGUAGGUCCAGCCUGCUUCUGUGUCCUCCUUGCUGCCUCUGAAGUGGCUCUCUACCGCCCUGUCUACUCUCAACUCACCACCACAUUCUGCACCGUUUGUGUAAUCUUCGAUUCACCACCACAACACCAACCACUGCUUACACUGCUUAGUCUUUCAGUUGUCACAAUACAGUGAUGAAGGACAGCGGAGAGUACCUACUCAUCAUACCUGUUUUCAGUGGAGAAGUUCUACGGGUUUGUGUCCAUCCUUUGGUUUUAACGCUACUAACUGGGUUCAGGGAGUCAUGACCUCCCAGCCCACUGGCAUUAUAUCAGUUUGACUCUGUAUUUAGGUGGUGGAAUCCAGUCUCUUCAUUCAGUAUCUACUCCAGUUCAAUGUCCCCAUUUGGUGUCAAUGUAAUAUUGUUUGAUUAUAAUUAAGGUUUUUGCCAAAACACGUCGCAUGUGUGAAUGCCUUUAUAUCCUGACACACUGUGAUAUAUAUAUAUAUAUAUAUGUAUAUAUAUAUAUAUAUAUAUAUAUAUAUAUAUUGUACGUUAAUUGAUUUGCUGGUCAAUGGACAUAUUUAAUGAUGUAUUUUAUGAAGUGGCUUACAGUUUACAUGACAUGGAAAGUAAGACUGUAUGGAAUGCUGUAGUCUUGAGCUCAAUCCCAAAAGGGAUCUGCAGAGUUUUAAGUGCCUUCUGCAAAAUCUCUGAUUUCUGGAGCAAAUUAGCUUUUCAUGCAAGAAGAUGAUCAUCACACCAUACAGAUAUGCUGUACAUAAUGAAUGUUUUGACUUUUGACCCACGUCAUUUACUUGGUUGUCUCUGGACAUGUUCAUUCAACUCUGUAGAAUCCCACGUUAUUUAAUGCACUUGUGUAAAUAUGCUUCAAUAAUGAAAAGUGAUUGAUGUAAAUAGGAUGAAAUGUAGCUUGAUUUGAAGGGGAAGCAGAAAAACUGGAAGUUCGCCACAUUUUGUGAAAGAUGAAUAAUAAUGAUACUUUUCAGAUUGUAACUGCUUUUUGAGUGUCUGUCUCAUUGGUUACUCUUGAAUAUCAAGCCCACAGAGGGUCAUAUAAUUAAAUUGAUCAGAAAGCCAGCCAGUGUUACUCAUGGAGGUUAUGGCAGAUGUCACUCAAUUCCUCACAAUGAUGAUCUGUCCCUCAUCUGUUGUCUGAGACAGUUUUACAUGGAUGCUUUGUCAUCUCUAAGCUUAAUAAUAAUUAUGUAUUUUGUGAAGCCUUACUGAUCCAAGGAAAAUGCUGCAAGCCACAAGAUGUCACCUGUCUUAGUUUCACAUGUUAUAUUAAAGAGUCAUUGUCAGUUCUACAGUGAGUAGACAAUUAUUUAUUGAAAUGUUCUCCAAUUGUGACCUUCUGACACACUAGAUUUCAGAGUUCUUUUCUGAAUAGAAAGGUCUUGUGCUGGCUGCCUAAAUGUUUUAUGGACAUUUAUUUACGUGUAAACAAACUAAAACUAGAUACAAAGUGUAUAUAUAUAAAAGAUAAUGGACCUAUCUAUAGAUUUAAAAAUAAGUUCAUCUUUGAGAACUAACAACAUUUCGGGAAUUUCAGGAAAUUUGAUUUAGAAGGCCUCAAUGUCAGUGCUACUGUACAUUUGGCCAUGGCCCACCACCAGAUUCUAUUCUGUCCCUUGACAGUAAAUUGUUCACUGCACUCAAAUGUGAAGUGCUUUCAAUACUAAAAUAUCCCUGCUUUGCUGCUUGUACUGUACUAGCUAUUCUGCACCUCAUCUAGUUUGCUUGAGGAUGUCCUCAGUAUAGUACCUCACAUUCUGUUGUUUUGUAUUGGGGCAUCUCUCUUUGUAUACUUCUAAUGAUAGUGGUCUAGUAGAUAUACUGAAAGUGGGGGCCAGGUAAACCAUGUGCUUUUGCAGAAUUGGGUGGUUAAAGCGUGUUACCUCUAAUCCUAUGUUUGCUGUCCCAGACAUUUUAUGGAAGAAUGACACCAUAUGGAAUGAAAGACAUCGCUGUUCCCCCACCCCGAUGUGAAUUUGUAUCUGUGUGCAAAACCGAUAGAUUCAGCUGCAGAAAAAUAAGAAAUUAAGAUUUGUAUUCAGGAGAAUGCUCUUGUAUGUGUUUAUUGCAUUUUUUUCUGUGACUGCUUAAUAAAAUACUCUUCAUUUU